UCGAUCCGACCGCACAUGCGAUCCUACGAAUUCAAACGAGAAAAAACAAAAAAGGCAGGUGAAGCAGGUAUUAUUAGACAUCUGAAAUCACGUCGUCCCCCCUUUGCUCUCUCUUCUUCUGCUUCGCUUCGGAUCUCUACUCUCAUAGCAGGAUUGGCGCUGGGCGGUGCUGAGAUGUCGGUCUCGAGCGACCCCGGAUGUGCAGGGAAGAAGCCCCCCAAGCGUCUAGGCGGCAUGGCGGAAGCCCUCUCCAUCGCUUCCGAUCUCGGCUUCCGCAUCCCUGCAGUACAGGAAGAUCAACAAAAUUUGUCGAACUCCAUUUGUGGGGAUAAGGGGGAUGACUUGAUUAGGGUCUUGAGGCAGCUUACUACUGUGCAGAGAAAUAUAGCCAAUUUACAAGUUGAACUACAAGGCCGAAAGGAUGACAAGAACGUUGCUCAUCUAACUCAUGUUAGUGAAAUGGAAAAGAAAUGUGAGUCUUUGGCCAGAAUUACUGCUAUUUUGAAAGAUGUAAUUCAGAACAAGGACCGAAUCAUUUCUAGACUACAGCAACCAUAUUCUUUAGACUGCAUACCUGUGGAGGCUGAAUAUCAAAAACAAUUCUCAGAGCUAUUGCUUAAGGCUGCUAGUGACUAUGGAGCUCUUACAGCUGCAGUUGCUGAUUUUCAAUGGUGCCAGAACUUCAAAGAACCGCCUACAAUAUGGGGGGAAAUGCUGCGUCCUAUCCCUGCUGCUCUGGCAUCGUGCACCCGCUUCUUUGAAGCCAUGUCUGCUAUGAGGGAUUCGUUUGCGACGCUCCAACGAUUUCGUGUCAGUAACUCUUCCUCACCCAUGACUCCGAGUGACACUUCAGGGGGCGACUCAAAGUUUGUAACACCGUCUCCGCAGUGGAGGGAGGGCACGACAAGGUCAGAUGAUUCCUUGGUUGACGAUAGCUGGAGGCAGCAGCAAGAUCUUACACUGGAAGCUAGCGAUGAGAUCAGUCACAGGAGGCUUUCCUGGCCCUCCCCUGUCAAGAAGGGCUUGUGAGAUGUAUCUCCUAUUUUUCACUUUGUGAUGAAUAUUAAAGCAUCGACUUAAAAUCAACAAUGGCUGGAAGGGCUUGCUUAUCCCUACAUACUCUGCCAUCACAUUUUUAACUCCUUUAAUGUUUUUUACACAAGGUAUGAUCAAUAUUUUUAACUCCUUUAAA